CGCAUGCGUGAGUUUUGAGCUGCCAUCUCUAGCUUUGCUUGGGCUAUAGAUUUCGAUUUCAGUCGCGACAUGAGCUCCCCGGAAUUCCUGAGCAGCUUCCACAUCCCGCACUUGGCGACGGGAGCAGCUCCGCGCGCUGCCACAGAAGGCAUCCGGAACGAAUCUCCACCAGCGCCGGAAAUCGUAACCGGCAAUCGCCUGGUGGCACCGGGCAAGCAAGCAGGAAGCUCUGAUCCCGGUAACCCAUCCCCGAAGCCCAUGAAGCGGAAGGCCAAACAAGGGGAUGGGGAUUCCGGGGAGGCGGACAACAAGCUGGUCCUGUUUCCCGGACGCGACGAGAGCUAUCCGGAGGAGCUGAACCGGCUGAUCGGAGCCCUGAACUGCGAGCUCUGCAAGGUGCAGAUGACCUCGAGGAAGUGCGCCCGCGACCACUACGAGUCCAAGGCCCACGACCGGCACAUCAGCGCCUGGCUGGCGAAGAACUACACGGAGGCGGGUCUGCAGGCUCCUCCGGUGAAGCGGCUGGCCAAGCAGGGACCCAUCGGGCCCAACGCCUUCCACUGCGACCUCUGCGACCUGGACCUCACCUCCUCCAUGCACGCCCGCCAGCACUACCUGGGCAGGAAGCACAAGUUGCUGGAGCAGCGCCUGGCCAAGCAAUCGGGCGCAGGAGCCCAGAAUGGAUCCAAGUGGAUUCGCGCGGGCGGUAACUUCGAGGGGCAAGGAGCGACUCCUUCCGAUGGACGUUAUGGCAUCGGGACUCGGUUCCUGCAGAAAGAGGAGAACGCCUCCUCGGAGGAUGUGCCCCUGGUGGGCCAGGCCCAGGCGGAGGACAAGGAGCGGAGCUGCAGCCUGUGCAAAAUAGUGGUCACCUCCGCCCCCCAGAUGCAGACCCACUUGGCGGGAGCCAGGCACCAGCGGAACAUGAAGACUGCGGGGCUCCAGGAUCCAGGAUCUGCGGACGCCUGCCCUGCGGAAGUGCCGCGGCUGCCCGAGAAACUGGAUCCCGUGGAUCUGGCCAUGUACCGCACUCCAGCCGGACAGUACUUCUGCCAGCCGUGCAACAUGACGAUGAACCACUCGACCACCUUGCAGCAGCACCUCAUCGGCAAGAAGCACCUGAGAAUGGCAAAGAGCCUUCCCCAAACCGAUCAGACCGUCUAAGGAAUUCCAUUCCAAACGUUAUUUGUAAAAUCAUACUGCUAGUUGGAAUCAUUUUCCAUAGGAAAUGGAAAACCCAUUAAUGACAAUGUCAUUAAUGGCUUGAUGACGUUCUUGAUGACAUUCUUUAAUUCUUCUUAAGUUGACUUGGAUAUUCCUCCUUAUUAAUACAAGUUAGGUUCUAUUUCUAUAAAUGUAGAUAUAUAUAAAAAUAUAUAGAUAUAUAUAAAACGU